AUGUCUGAUAACAUAAACAUGGAGGCUUGUUUGCCUUCGACCCAUAAGUUGUUCGGUGCAUGCAGCAAGCAGCCGCACUCACAGCAGGCUACCGAUCGGCCUACACGAGGCGAACUCAUACAGGCAAUCAAUAAUUUAAAAUUUAAACUGCAUUCGGUCGCUGAGUCACAGCCAAUCGUGCUGGUAGCCAAGCCAGGACAGAAGUUGAUUGGCUCGAAGGACCUAGUUUACACUCGUGCAAUGGAUGAAAAGGAGGAGCCUUCGAAAUCCUUUGUUUUCCCUGUUAUGAAAAAGGCAAUCGGAGAGUUAUUUGCUAAUGGAACCGUAACAAAGGAGGAUCUUGAGCGUUUUCAGCAAAAUUAUUGGGAGCAGAUGGUUCCGAAUUUCAGUCAAGCGUUAAAACUUCUCGACAUACAUGAUGUCAGCCGACACAGUGUCCUUUGGAGCAUAAACGACAGACUGUUAGAAGCGGUUAAAGCGAAGAUUCAGGCGAAAGCCAACGAAAAUGGCGACGAGCGAAAACUUCAGAAGCUGUGGCAGAAAUUAAUCAGAACGGGGAUGGCUUAUAUACAGCAUCCAUAUAUGCGUUCGGCCAUCAUGAUGGUUCUCGGUAAAAUGAACACGAUUAAAAGCCGGUAUGUAUCAUUGAUUGUAGAGAAUGAACAUCUCUACAAGGAUGCACCCCUUCCCGUUCUGCGGCACAUAUGGAUGUCACACGAGAAAAAAUUUAAUGAGGAAGUAAAAAACGUUUUGCAAACCUAUCAGAAUUCGUGGUUCGAGUCGCUACUGGAUGCCUUGUACGCAUCUGUCACUUCUAACUUGUCAUCGAAUUCGGAUACUCUUCCGCUCCUUUACUGGCCACCUCGCCGCAGGCGGCGUGACAACUCUCUUCUCAAAAUUGUGGAGAUGAUAGGAGAAAGUCAAGCAUUGUACGAAAAGACUCUUGAUUUUCUUCGCGAGGAGUGUCUUCGACUUCAAAUGGCAGUAGAGAGGUCGAACUCUCUGCGAAAGUUAUCGACUACACUUCCAGAUAUCUGCCUUCCACCUCCACCCAAAAGGGCACGUGAGUCGUCAACAUCCAGCAAGAAGAUAAAAAAGGAAGAGUCAUCUGUGCCUGAUCUAGAAAUUAAAUCGCUUCCUCCUGUUCCAUUUAUCUCGCCAGCUUUAUUGCCGAAUCCACAGUCGAUGGCGGCCACGGCUUUGUGCACUGUUCGCUUUGACCUCAUAAUGAGUUUCAAUGAAGCUAGACAAGACCAGAUGUGUAUCUCUGAUCCAAUUCAUCACUUUGUUUGGUGUAUGGAUGCAUGCAUUCGGAAUAAGAAGAUUGAUCGCCGCCACGUUUGCGAACUAGCUUACCACUUAACUCGUCAUCGGAGAAGAGCUUCAGUCCGACCUGGCCUAGAGUCAGAAGUUGGACUUGAUCAGGACACCUCCGCCGACUGGGCCCCAGACACAGACGAAAAAGUGCCCCCCAAGAAAAAGUCGGGUGAUAUCUCUUCGAGAUUGCCGAAACAUCAACGAGCUGGUGAUAAAAGAGCCCCAGCUUAUCCACCGGACCUCCAGCUGAAACACUACGGCAAAAGUAUAUUGAGAAUCUAG